AGUAUUGUGAACAGCCUCUAUAUCGCAUUGUAUCGGAAGCACACGCAAAUAUUCUGCAGGAGGCUCUAGACAAAAUGCCUGAUCAUCCACCACGUUGCCACUGUCGCUAUUGCAAUCCAGAGGUACAGGAAAGCGCCCAUCCUUUCAUGCAUAGCGCAAUUGCGACACUGUUGUGUGGCCUCCCAAAUGACAUGCAGCAGAAUAUCGAAGCAUCUGGGGCGUGUGGGACGGCGUGUGCCAAAGCCAAGGAACUGAACGUGAAACUAUUUUCGCCUAAAUACUGGAGGAUAUCUUGGAAUUCGUUAUCACUUGCAAUACCUGGGAAUUUUCAGGUCAUCUCGUCAUUGCCCAAGAAAGCCCCCGGCAAUUCGCCCGCUGGAUCAAAGCCGUCGAAAGCUAGUGAACGAUACACUCCUGGAAACUCAUUGACCCCAGACUCCGCAACGCCAAGCGCUGGAAGUGGAAGGCAAAAUACCGCUUCUGUGCCUAGCGGGUCGAGCAAUAAUGCUCCACCGCAAAUCCAAUGCCAAACACCAAACAACCCUCCACAGUCCGUUCCAGUAACAUCUGCUUGGAUACUCUUUGGUAUUCAGGGCAACCGUUGGUCCCUAGAGCUUGAACAAAUUACCGUUUCUAGCCUCAUCAACGACCCAACAUUUUUCCAGGAGCUUAAAGCCCGAUAUAAGAAGCACCGUGGCUGGCUUAGGAUGCUUCUGUCUCCAUUCCGUUUCCAGUUUUGUAGAUUUGUCAAAGUCUGUCUUCUCAAAUUUCUUCUUAUUGCUCCUCCGUAUACCCACUCAAAUCAGUUCUAAUACAAGAUCACAGUUCGAGAAAUUUGACGCCAACCGCGUCAUCUCCCAAGGUGAUGAUCUUCCCGACUACCACGGUUUCGAGCACGAUUACGACUACGCGCCCCGCCCGGGGAAAAAUCCGCUCAUAAACCCCAA